AUGACGGGGAAGGGCCCUAACUUGAUUGGCAGAAAUUGGCUCCAAAAGAUUAAAAUAAAUUGGAAGAAUUUAUUUCAGUUAAAAGAGGACAAGAAUACCUCAGUCAAAGUUAAUAAGUUACUUGAGAAGUAUGAGAAAGUGUUUCAUGAAGAGUUAGGAACAUUUUCUGGUCCCAAAGCCAAAAUAUAUGUGGCUGAGGAUGCAAGUCCAAAGUAUUACAAGGCAAGACCUGUUCCCUAUGCAUUGAGGGAAAAAGUAGAAAAGGAGUUAGAAAGAUUGCAAGAAGAGGGAACUAUAGAGCCUGUCCAGUUUGCAGAUUGGGCAGCGCCAAUCGUACCAAUUGUUAAGGAUCAUAAGUCGAUAAGAAUUUGUGGGGAUUAUAAAGUAACUGUCAACCAAGCUGCAAAGUUAGACAAUUACCCGAUUCCCAAGGCAGAAUAUCUUUUUGCCACUUUAAGUGGUGGAGAAAAAUUCACCAAGCUGGAUAUGAGGCAAGCCUAUCAACAAAUCUUAUUGGAGGAUGAAUCAAAAAAAUAUACUACCAUCAACACACACAAAGAACUUUUUCAGCACAAUCGAUUGCCAUAG